AUGCCUCAUUUGAUCUUGAUUCUUAUUCUUUCUUUGUCCAAAGCCUUUAGUCAAUCCCUAACUUUCCAGAAAGAAACUUAUUUCAGCAUCGAUCUUAUUCACCGUGAUUCACCAUUAUCUCCACUUUACAAUCCUUCUGUCACUCAGUCGGAGCUUAUGAAGAAGGCCGCACUGCGUUCCCUUAAUAGAGCCAACUUCUUUCACUCAUCUAUGCAUAUCAAUGAUAAUAAAGUUAUGUCAUCGCUCACUGAAAUUGAAGGUGACUAUAUCAUGAAGAUUUAUAUUGGUUCCCCACCUGUUGGAUUUCUUGCUAUUGCAGACACAGGAAGUAACCUUAUAUGGACACAAUGUGCUUCUUCUAAUAGAAACCAGCAUAAAAAUGGAAAGUUCUUUAAUACGCUAAAGUCGACCACCUAUGAUACCGUUCUUUAUGGCUCAGAAUUUUGUGAGGCGCUGCGCAAAAAGUGGAGUGGGUUCUUGAACUCCUGCGAAUACAACCAUACUUACAUGGAUGGUUCAUAUACAACAGGAAUACUAGGUAAUGACACAGUCUACUUAAAUAAAACUAGCAAUGAAGUAAUUGAUUUUCAUGGAGUAGUGUUUGGAUGUAGUGAAAAAAAUUACAUACAUCAUGCAAAUUUUGCUAUUCAAGGUAUUGUUGGCCUUGGACCAGGGUUUUUGUCAUUAAUUUCUCAAUUGAAAACCUCAAUAGAGCCCAUAUUUUCCUAUUGUUUAGUUCCUAUAACAUCAACACUUGCUAAUAAGUUGAGAUUUGGAGUGGGAGCAAAAAUUUCUGGGACAGGAGUUGUCUCAACUCAACUUGUACCCAAAGAUCCCCUUGAUCAUUACUAUGUCAAGCUUGAAAGUGUUGGCAUAGGAGAAAAGGGAACAAGUAGAAAUCAACUCCCAAGUAACGUCAUGAUAGAUUCCGGAACAACUCUUACAAUCUUACAUACAAGUCUUUACAACGAUCUCAAAGCUCUCGUUCAAGAUGUGAUUGGUGGUAGCCCAGUAGUAAAUCCACCAGAACAAUUUAAUUUGUGCUACGAACUCCAAUCCAUAAACCUUGAUGACCUUCCAGAAAUGGUCUUCCAUUUUAGCGGCGCAGACCUUCAUUUAAAACAUGAACACACAUUUACAACGUAUGAAGAUAAUUUGAUUUGCAUGACAAUAGUCCCAAAUGAUCAUAUUUCGAUUCUCGGGAGUUUGGCACAAGUGAACUUACAAGUGGAGAUUGACCUCCGAAAUAACCAAGUCUCUUUCGCUGAAGCAGAUUGCAGCACAUUUUGA